ACAUCGCGUCUGGUAUAAAAUCUGCCCAUCGGCUCCGCCCAAACCUUCGACUAUCCGCCGUUCUUCCGUAUCCAAUCCCAGAAAUGGCUCCGAAGCAGCCGAACAGUGGGCUAUUCGUGGGGCUGAACAAAGGUCAUGUGGUGACCAAGAAGGAACUCGCUCCGCGCCCAUCCGACAGAAAAGGAAAAACGAGCAAAAGGGUACAUUUCGUAAGGAACCUUAUCAGAGAGGUUGCUGGAUUUGCUCCCUAUGAAAAGAGGAUAUCUGAGCUUCUGAAAGUUGGCAAGGAUAAGCGUGCUCUUAAGGUUGCCAAGAGGAAGCUCGGCACUCACAAGAGGGCCAAGAGAAAGAGAGAGGAGAUGUCAAAAGUUCUCCGCAAAAUGAGGGCUGGUGGAGGUGGUGAAAAGAAGUGAUCUCUGAUAUAAGGAUCAUUUUUUUUCUUCAAGAAUUUGCCAUUGUAUUCUGUUCUUGAGUUUUAUGUUGACUUCAGAAGCUUUCUUUUUUGAUAAAUAUUACCAUGCGAGUACUUGUAUUAGUGUGGUUUUGAACACCUUCAUGCAUUUUUGGCAUUGUUACUCUUCAAAUCUAUUUUCGUGGCAAAUGACUAAAAUUGAAUUAGAAGCCUUCACUGGGAACAAUGUUUUCAAAUAAUGUUUUUGAGUAGAU